AUGUCAUCUUCGCGCACUCCGAAACGGCAUUCGCAAGACUUAGAGCAGACGGGUAAUGAUACCGGAACCGAUUUCGAAUCAAUGAGAGCUACAUACCCUGUCAAUCCUUCAACAAGCCCAAAUCCGAAGAAUUUCAACCAACGGGCUGGAUCAUGCACCUCGCUCUCGGUUUGGUGGGACGAGCCAGAUGAUGAAGAUCCCGAAAAUCCUGUGAAUUGGCCCGCGACAAAGAAAUGGGCCAACAUUCUGACGGUUUCCGUCAUGAGUUUCCUGGUGCCGCUCGCGUCAUCGGUUGUUGCGCCGGCGGUAGAGCUUAUAUCGGCGGAUUUUCACUCCAGCUCAACAACAUUUCCGACCUUUGUCUUGUCAAUAUUUCUGCUAGGCUUCGCUGUCGGACCACUGCUUCUCCCUCCACUAAGUGAGCUGUAUGGCCGUGUUAUUGUCUACAACGUUACGAAUGUGCUUUUCGUCGUGUUCACCAUCAUGUGUGCCCUCUCACACAAUGCAGCAAUGCUCCUUGGCUUUCGGUUUCUAUCUGGGUUCGCAGGCGGGGCCACAAUAGCGAUAGGCCCGGCAAGUAUUGCGGAUAUUAUGCCUCGAGAGAAAAGAGGAAAGGCCGUGUCGCUCUGGGCUGUAGGCACCGUUAUUGGCCCAAUGGUAGGCCCCAUCAUCGGUGGUUAUGUGGCAGAGAUUCUCGGGUGGAGAUGGAUCUUCUGGAUUAUCGCAAUCAUAGCCGGCCUUGUCACGGUUGUCGCUCUAACCAUCUUAAGAGAGACAUACCCUCCAGUGCUCCUGGAAAGGAAGGCAAGACGACGCAGGAAAGAGACCGGAAACCUCAACUACCGGUCCAGACUCGCCUCCGAUCUGGGCCUUCAGGAGCUUGUCAUACGAAGCAUCAUGCGACCCUCCAAAAUGCUAAUCCUUUGUCCAAUUGUCACGGCUAGCUGCGUCUACAUCUGCGUGCUUUACAGCAUCAUCUAUAUAUUCUUCUCGACAUUCUCAAUUAUAUUCAAAGAGGCUUACGGCUUUUCCACCUUUUAUUCUGGGCUGGUGUUCAUUGCCUGUGGCAUUGGGACUUUGUCAGGUCUUGCUUAUCUGGGGUACUUCAGCGACAAGACAUUGGUGAAACGGGCACGCGCUGGAAGCAUGAUUACGCCGGAGGACCGGCUAUCCUUCCUAGUGACAGUACCUGGAGCCUUUAGCUUUUCACUUGGGAUAUUUGUGUAUGGGUGGGGAGUUGAAAAACAUGUUCAUUGGGUCGUUCCUCAAGUUGGAACAGCCUUGACAGGGUUCGGUUACAUUCUCAUCUUUACAGCUGUCCAAACCUAUCUCAUCGACACAUUCGAGGAUCAUUCUGCCAGUGUCAACGGGGCAAAUGCGGCGCUAAGGGGUCUUGCAGGGGCGCUUAUUCCUCUCAGCGGCCUGGACUUGUACAAGGCAUUGGGAUGGGGAUGGGGAAACUCCCUGCUGGCUUUCAUCGCGCUUGCUCUUGCGCCACUUCUCUGGAUCUUGGUUGUGUAUGGUGAGAAGAUUCGGAAAACACAGCUGCCCAAAUUAAGGCUGUAA